AUGGAAGAAAUUCUUGAGAUUGUUCCCAACACAAUACAAUUUGAUUAUUAAAAUAGAGAAUAAACCAUCUCUAUCUAAAAUUUGACUCUUCAUUAUAUCCAAAUUAGAAUUAUUUCACCUAAUCCUACUUUAUUUGCUAUAAUACCUAAUAAUUGUAACAAUAUGAAUGAUAUAAUUUAUUAGUUUCAAUUGAACCUUGUACUACAACAGAAGUGGUUGUAAAAUUAAAUUUAGAUUUCAAAAUGAACUUUUAUUCACUUAUUAUGAAUAGAAAACUCACUAUUUUUUAUUAUGAUGUUGAUGAUGUUGAAUAACUGGGUAAAAAUGAUAUAGAUUGGCAUAAAUUACCAUUUAAUUAUUUAGGUAGAAAUGAAAUCAAUGUUGAUUAUAAUACAAAAAGUGAUAAAUAUUAAAUACUCAAAUCAGAAAAGUCAAAGAAGUUUAUGGAAAGUGUUUAAAUAUUUUAAGCAUUGUUUAUAAAGUAAAAAAAUAUAUCUUUAAAUGAUGAAUACAAAAAGAUUUUAAUUAACAAAUAUUUGGAAUUGCAUAAAAAAUAUUAAACAUAUAAAAUUAUGGAAGAUUGCAUAAUAUUUAUGGGUAAUAAUUUAGAUAUUGAAAACGAAAUUUAUUGUAUUGAAAAUCAAUCGCAAAUUUACUACAUCUCAUCAUAUAAACCGACCUAUUAAUAUCAUACUUUCCCAUCACAUCCAAUUGAACCAUUAAGUCCUUAAAGUUAAAGAAAGAAAAGCUCUUAAUAAUUAUAGUAAUUAAAUGAAUAACCUAAAUUAAUCAAAUCAGAAAGUGAACCUCCUUAGUAACAUUCUAUAAUUGAUUUAUCUCAGGUUAAACAAUAUUUUUCUGUAUUCGCAUCUUCUAAAUAAAAAUAAGAAGAAACAACUGAUUAAUAAUAAGUUUUAGUUGAAUAACCAAUUACUGUUAAUUAAAUUAACGACUAACAAAAAGUUCAAUAAUAAUCAUAGGAAAGCAUCGUGUAAUAAAUAAUAUAAUAAAAUGAAAAAAGAUCUAUUUAAGAAGAACAAUAAUAAAUAUAAUAACCAGAAUAAUAAUAAUAAUAAUAGUAAUAAUAAUAAUAAUAAUAAUAAUAACAAUAAUAAUAAAAAUAAUAUUAACAAGCAAAGGUUUAAUAAAAGCUUUACAAUUAAGAUGCAAGUGUACCAGAAUCUAAUCGAUUAAAUAAAAGGUUAAUUAAUUAAUAAAGUAUAUUUGGUUUAAAAACAGAUUAAAAAUCUUAAUCUAUAGAUGGAAGGAGAAGUCUAUAAAUAAUUGAUAAAAAAAAUUAAUAAAAAUUAAAUGAGACUGCCGAUCUAUCAUGGGAUCAAAAAGCAAAGAUUUAGUAAUAAUAAAUGAUAGCUCCACCUGUAGAAUUUAAAGGGAUAGAUAAUAUGUAUUGAUAAUCUUAUAAUAGAAAGCUAGAAUUAAUAAGCAUGUUAUAAAAUAAAUGAAUUAGCAUCAUUAAAGACCUAUUAACAGAUUACAAAUGUUUUAUUAUUUAGGGAUGGCAAAUAUUUAAUAACUGUAGGAGAGAAAAAUGAUAUUAAAGUAAAAUUUAAUAUAAAAAUUAAAAGGUCUGGCAAUUAUCAAUAAGAGGUCUAGUUGGAACAAUAAAAGAACUUGAAAAUAAAAAGGAGAAAAAGAUAUUACUAAUAUAAGAAUGGAGAUAUGUAGAUCCUGCAGCAGAUGAGAAUUACGAAUUUGAAUUGAAGGAUCCAAAAAAUGAAGGCAAAGUAAAUAUGUAGAUUACAAAUUUAGAAUUAAGAAUUAUAUACUCCAUAUGAAACUGCUUAUAGAUUUGUAACUGGUUCAGAAGAUUAAAUUUUUAGAAUAUUUAAUUUGACGACUAUGACUCUUGAGCAAUAAUUCAAUUCAAGAUUAUAAAUACCUACAGCAAUUACAUUUAUGCCAGAUAGAGGAUUAUUCUGCAUAGGAGGUUAACCAUUUAAAACAAUUUUUGGAUAAACAAGAAAGUAUAGAUCUAUUAGAUUCUUUCUAAUGAAAAACUUAUAAGAAAAACCAAAAUAUAAGAUAUUUUGUAAAUCAGAAGAUGAAUAUUUAAAUAAAGUUAUAUAUAGUGAAAAUCCUAUUAGCAAUUAAAAAGAGUAAUAUCAUGCUAGAAUAAACAAUAUAUUAGCUAUAUAAAUUAUUAGAAGAAAUAAUUAAGGAAAAUAGAUUCUUUAAAGUGAUAGAAUCUUAUUUGUUUUUAUUGAUCGAAUGAAUUAAUGUACUGUUUUAUUGACUUUGGAAUGUGAGUCUUUAAAAAUUAGAGGUAUCCAAGAUCUAAAAUACCUAUACAAAGAAGGUGUUUUUGCUGUUAUUGAAGCUAAUGAUGUGGUUAAUUAAAAAAACACAAAAGUAGAACAGAAUACUUAAAUGGUGGUUAUUAUAAAUUUAAAAUAAUUAUAAACAUCAUAAGGUAGAGAAAGUGGAAUUGAAUGUAAUUAAAUAUAAGAGUAAAGAUCUAAAGUAAAUAUUUAUUUUUUAAUUUAGUUAUCUGUAUAAAUUUUAGUUAAUCCUAUUUUAUUGGUUAUUCCUUAACCUAAACAGAUCAUUUUUCAAAAUAUCAAUGGAGAAGAUUAAAUUAUUCAUCCUUUAGAAAUUGGAGACUCUAAAUAAUAGCUUAAUUUCAAUUAUCUAAAUACUAUAAAUAAUUAUGUGAUAUCAAUAGUAGAUGAUAUAAUUUAAGUUAUAUCAAUUAAGUGA